UGACGUCAUCACGCAGGGGGCGCUCCGCGGUGUCUCCGGUGAGGAAGUGGAGCAGAAUGAAAGUAAAUAAGUUCUCCCUCCGCUUGUGAAGUGUCGCCAGCGAGUCGAGCUCAGAGCGGAGUCGGACGAUGCAUCAUGGAGACGCGUCAGAGGACAAGGCCGAGGGCGAGCAGCACCGGCCGCUCAUGCUGGAAAGAGUGGAGGGUGGAACAUCUCCCGGCUGUUGGACUGCGGCGUCACGGCGGCUGAAGAAGCACUGCUCGUGCUCGCCACAGAAGGUCAAGGCCAAGAUCCUGGACUUCCUUCCCAUCCUAAAAUGGCUGCCACACUACCAGCUGAAAGACUGGAUCCUGGGCGACGUCAUGUCCGGACUCAUUGUGGGAGUCCUGUUGGUCCCCCAGUCCAUCGCCUACUCCUUGCUGGCUGGUCAGGACCCCAUCUAUGGGCUCUACACCUCCUUCUUCUCCUCCAUCAUCUACACGCUCCUCGGCACCUCCAGGCACAUCUCUGUGGGCAUUUUUGGGGUUCUGUGCCUGCUGGUGGGCCAGGUGGUGGACAGGGAGCUGGCGUUGGCAGGUUACCUUGCAGAGGACAUCAGCACCAACAACAGCGCCGCCCUCCUGGCGGCGCCUGGGAACGGCAGCGCCAUGUCGCAGUGUGACCGGAGCUGCUACGCCAUCGCCGUGGGGGCGACGGUCACGUUCACCGCGGGGAUUUACCAGGUGCUGAUGGCUGUUUUCCAGGUGGGCUUCAUCUCGGUCUACCUGUCCAACCCCCUCCUCAGCGGCUUCGCCACCGGAGCCUCCCUGACCAUCCUCACCUCCCAGGUCAAGUACCUCCUGGGCCUGAAGCUCCGCAGGCCCCAGGGCUGGUUCACGCUGAUCAAGACCUGGUUGGGUCUGCUGGCCAACGUGGGCCAGACCAACCUGUGCGACCUGCUGACCAGCCUGGUGUGUCUGCUGCUGCUGGUGCCCACCAAGGAGCUCAACUACCGCUUCAAGGCCAAGUUGAAGGCUCCAAUCCCCUUUGAGCUCUUUGUGGUCAUAAUCGCCACACUGGCGUCUCAUUUCGGCCGUUUCCACGUGGACUACGGCUCAGAGGUGGCCGGGGAGAUCCCCACGGGCUUCCUGCCGCCGCAGAUGCCGACGUGGUCCCUCAUCCCCAACGUGGCGGUGGACGCCUUCUCCAUGGCGCUGGUGGGCUUCGCCAUCACGGUGUCGCUGUCGGAGAUGUUCGCCAAGAAGCACGGCUACCAAGUGGACGCCAACCAGGAGUUGUACGCCAUCGGCUUCUGCAACGUCCUGCCGUCGUUCUUCAGCUGCUUCACCACCAGCGCCGCCCUGACCAAAACGCUGGUCAAGGAGUCGACGGGCUGCCAGACGCAGGUGUCCGGGCUGGUCAGCGCCGUGGUCCUGCUGCUGGUGCUGCUGGUCAUCGCGCCGCUCUUCUAUUCCCUCCAGAAGUGCGUGCUCGCCGUCAUCAUCGUGGUCAACCUCCGCGGCGCUCUGCGGAAGUUCGCCGAGGUGCCCGGCAUGUGGCGCGCCAACCGGGUGGACGCCUCCAUCUGGUUGAUCACCAUGGCGACCUCGGCGCUGGUCAACACGGAGCUGGGUCUCCUGGUGGGGGUACUGGUGUCCGCCUUCAGCGUGCUGGUGCGGACCCAGCGCGCGCAGGUGCUGGAGCUGGGCCGCGCCCCCGGCAGGGACCACUACGAGGUCCUGGCCUCGUACCAAGGCCUGCACACCCACCCGGGAGUGGCCGUGGUCAGAUACCCCGCCCCCGUUUACUACGCCAACCAGACUCUGUUCAGGAAGUCUUUGUACCGCCGCGUGGGGCUGGACCCCGUGGAGGAGAAGACUCGCCGCGUCAAGUUGGAGAAGAAGUCCAAAGACAAGGAAGGAGUCCAGGACGCUUUGCGCUCGGAAGACGGCGAAAGCGCCGCCAGUGUCACUUUGAGGCUGGACAAGAAAUCUCAGUGCGCUUUACGCGGAUUAGUGCUGGACUGCAGCGCCAUCUUGUUCCUCGACGGCGUCGGUGUCAACGCCCUGAAGGAAGUACGCCAGGAUUACGCCGAGCUCGGGGUCACGGUGGUCCUGGCUCAGUGCAACACCGCCGUCCUGGACGCUCUUCAGCGAGGGGGAUACAUCCCGGAGAGGGACGACGGGGUGGUUUUUUUCACCAUCGCAGACGCCGUCCAUCACGUGCAGCACGCCUCCACGCCAAAUGUGCAGCACACGUCCACGCCAAAUGUGCAGCACGCGUCCACGCCAAAUGUGCAGCACGCGUCCACGCCAAAUGGCGACGCCGGACACUGAGGUCGACUGAUGAUGUGUUUACAAAUGCAGAAGCAGUUACUGAAAGUGGCAAAUUAUUCACCAACUUUAUUCUUUUACAAUCACAAAUAAGUCCUGGUUCAAAGUCAAGAAUACUUUUUUUAAAUUCUACAUAUGCAGUAACUAUUUUUGCAAUACUUUUUAUACGCACCUUUUGUAUGGGAGAGUUUUCCAAAAACUGGAACGAUGUCAUUUCCGUGGAAAAUUUGCAGAAAUGCUGAAGAGCCAAAGUGGAAUAUAAAUGCUAACAGUCAAGUAACAAACAUGAGAAAAAAGAGGCUAGCAUGCUAGUGUUAGCAUGCUAGCUUCUUUUGCCAUUGUGCCGGGCCCAAAUGUACAUUGGUAAACCUCACACUCUGACAACCUUAAGAGCAGCGCAAGUUCCCGAGUUGCUAGCUCAGGCUUUUAGCUCGGUACCUAGCACGCUCCUCUUUCACGCCGGACGACCCAGGUUUAGUCCCGGGCGGAACAUAAAAGCAGGGUGCCGUGACCUGGACCAGAGUGAGGUUUUAGGGGGUGAGUUUAACGAAUGCCAAAUGUACGUUGGUAAACAUCACUCCCUUAAGAGCAGUGCAAGUUAUCGGGUUGCUAGCCCAGGCUUUUAGCUCAAUAGCUAGUGCGCUCAUUUCUGAUGCCGGACGAACAGAAAAGCAGGGACUGAACCGGGCGGGUUACAACGGUGCUGUGACCCGGACCAGAGUGAGGUUUUAGGGGGUGAGUGUAACGAAUGCCAGCCAGUGAGCCCGGCCCAAAUGUACGUUGGUAAACCUCACUUCCUGACAACCUUAAGAGCAGCGCAAGUUACAGAGUUGCUAGCUCAGGCUUUUAACUUGGUACCUAGGACGCUCCUCUUUCACGCCGGACGACCCAGGUUUAGUCCCGGGCGGAAUAUAAAAACAGGGUGCCGUCACCCAGACCAGAGUGAGGUUUUAGGGGGUGAGUUUAACGAAUGCCAGCCAGUGAGCCCGGCCCAAAUGUACGUUGGUAAACAUCACUCCCUUAAGAGCAGUGCAAGUUACCAGGUUGCUAGCCCAGGCUUUUAGCUCGGUAGGGGUUAGGGUUAGGGUUAGGGUUAGGGAUAGGGUUAGGGUUAGACGCACGAGCGUCUCCGAUGCCGGACGAACCAAGGUUUAGUCCUGAGCGGAAGAUAAAAACAAGGACUGAACCGGGUGGGUUACAAAGGUCCUGUGACCCGGACCAGAGUGAGGUUUUAGGGGGUGAGUUUAAUGGAUGCCAGCCAGUGUUUCAGGCCCAAAUGUACGUUGGUAAACCUCACUUCCUGACAACCUUAAGAGCAGUGCUUGUUACCGGGUUUCUAGCCCAGGCUUUUAGCUUAAUAGCUAGCGCGCUCAUUUCUGAUGCCGGACGAAGAUAAAAACAAGGACUGAACCGGGUGGGUUACAAAGGUCCUGUGACCCGGACCAGAGUGAGGUUUUAGGGGGUGAGUUUAACGGAUGCCAGCCAGUGUUCCAGGACCAAAUGUACGUUGGUAAACCUCACUUCCUGACAACCUUAAGAGCAGCACAAGUUACAGAGUUGCUAGCUCAGGCUUUUAACUUGGUACCUAGCACGCUCCUCUUUCACGCCGGACGAUCCAGGUUUAGUCCCGGGCGGAAUAUAAAAACAGGGUGCCGUGACCCAGACCAGAGUGAGGUUUUAGGGGGUGAGUUUAACGAAUGCCAGCCAGUGAGCCCGGCCCAAAUGUACGUUGGUAAACAUCACUCCCUUAAGAGCAGUGCAAGUUACCAGGUUGCUAGCCCAGGCUUUUAGCUCGGUAGCUAGCACGCUCGUCUCCGAUGCCGGACGAACCAAGGUUUAGUCCUGAGCGGAAGAUAAAAACAAGGACUGAACCGGGCGGGUUACAACGGUGCCGUGACCCGGACCAGAGUGAGGUUUUAGGGGGUGAGUUUAACGGAUGCCAGCCAGUGUUCCAGGCCCAAAUGUACGUUGGUAAACCUCACACUCUGACAUCCUUAAGAGCAGUGCAAGUUACCGGGUUUCUAGCCCAGGCUUUUAGCUUAAUAGCUAGCACGCUCAUUUCUGAUGCCGGACGAAGAUAAAAACAAGGACUGAACCGGAUGGGUUACAAAGGUCCUGUGACCCGGACCAGAGUUAGGUUUUAGGGGGUGAGUUUAACGGAUGCCAGCCAGUGUUCCAGGCCCAAAUGUACGUUGGUAAACCUCACACUCUGACAUCCUUAAGAGCAGUGCAAGUUACCGGGUUUCUAGCCCAGGCUUUUAGCUUAAUAGCUAGCACGCUCAUUUCUGAUGCCGGACGAACAGAAAAGCAGGGACUGAACCGGGUGGGUUACAACGGUGCCGUGACCCGGAUCAGAGUGAGGUUUUAGGGGGUGAGUGUAACGAAUGCCAGCCAGUGAGCCCAGCCCAAAUGUACGUUGGUAAACCUCACUUCCUGACAACCUUAAGAGCAGUGCUUGUUACCGGGUUGACACCCCAGGCUUUUUGCUUAGUAGCUAGCACGCUCUUUCACGCCGGACGACCCAGGUUUAGUCCCGGGCAGAGCAGAAAAGUAGGGACAGAACCAGGCGGGUUGCAUCUGUAGCAAACGGAAUGUUCCGUAGCAAAACAGCAAUAAUGAACACAUGUAUAUAUUAGGUGGUUAGUGAAUCCACUACAUUUCUACAGUUACUCCACAGGCCGGCGGUAUUUCCCCGCUGCGACCUUUGUAGAACGCCAAACGUGUUACUGACGUGCUUAUGCCGAAAUGAGGGAUUAUAGUUUAUGAACCUUGCAUGCAGUAGUGGGAGUUGUGCGGGUGUCAUGUCAGUUUUAGUGUGUCCGCACCUCGUGAUACUUGGCAAACACGGGAGGGAGCGGAGCAAAGGUCCCGUCCAGGCAAAGCAUCCGCCUCUUUAUUGGUUUUGUUGGAUGUACAACCGCUGGAUGGGGAAUAUCCACCAAAGCGUCCAUGUCAAUCAUUAAUCAUGCAAAUGUCAUGAAGACGUUUGUUUCUGCAACCAAACUUGACGUGUGAAACUACCUCACUCAGUCAAACAUGCUGGGGGGUUUUUUAUGUGCUACGAGCCCAUUGUUGUUUAAUCUGUCCGUCAAGACGGUUGAUGUCAAAGGUUAAUUAGCACAUGCCCCUUGCCCCCUGUCACGUUUGUGUUCUAGUAGAGGUGGAGGAAAUCAUCCAUUUUUUACAUGCAUCGCAAUUCAGACACGGAGGAUUAUAAAAUGGCUUAGUAAAAGUCAAUCGAUUAAAUAAAUGUAAAUAAAGCAAUGUAGACUGUUCUAAAAUUUGGCUGACUGCACCUCACCAAGAGAUCCCAGCAGCUCCUUUAUUUUAGGGCAAUUAUGUUACAGUUUUUGAACACAUUUUCAUCAAUUUAAUUAAUGCAAAAACUAAUUUAACUCUUAUUACAAAUGCACUGUUUGUUUAAAGUUGCAAGUGAUAAAUACUUACUUAGUGAAACCAAAAGAAAUGUAAAACUGCAUCA